UGCACCGACAGGUACUCAACGUGACCAAGGCAUACCUUAUAGAUCUGAAGAAGCCACAGGAUCACCCACAAUGCAGCAGUCAUUCCGUCAGCUUGAAGAGAGAAACCUCUCUGUAGAGGUUACCCUUAUGCAGUGGUCCCCCAAGAUGGAUCUCAUUGCCCUAGCCAAUGAAAAUGGAGAGGUUCUAUUACAGAGAUUGACUUGGCAACGUCAAGCUAUUUGGACCUUGACACCUCCAGGGGAAGAUGAGGGUAAGGAGGUCAGAGCUUUGGCUUGGAGACCAGAUGGCAAGGUAUUAGCUGUUGGCUACCAGUCAGGAAGGCUUCUCCUGUGCAGAGUAGAAAAAGCAGAGGUCAUCCACACCACUCAUGUUGACCAGCCAAUCACAUGCAUGCAGUGGACUGAAGCUCUGGACAAAGAUUUGGAUAGUGAAGCCAAUGGUCAGUCUUCAUCGGUCAAGGCAGAGUUAGGGGUUACCCCUGAUGCAGCCAAUGAGAAUCUCUCCGAGAAGUUCCUGCCCAAGCUUCCCUCUCUAUCAAAAAUUUCAUCUAUCAAGAGUUACAUUGAUGACAAUGUAGAAGAUGCAAAGAAGCUCAAGGAACAGAAGAGAUUGAACAUGCUAGCAGUGGGAUGUCAUGGCGGAACCCUGACUCUGCUUGCUUUUGGAGUAGCACCAAUCGUCAAUGUAGAUAUGUCACAGUUCAUUCAAACAACCAAGUGUGGAGAUUUCCUUGGUGCUUCUCUGUCAUCAGACCUACGCACUAUCUCCAUCAUUGUGGAGUAUUCCAAUGAAGAGGAUAUCACUGAGAUUUACCAGUCUCUACUCACACUUGACUGUGUUCUCCUGGCUUCAAGGCAUCAAGAAAUUUCAAGAUACGCUAAGAAGUUUGGCAAGAUACGGACUCUCAUGGAGUACUUAGAGGCAACUUUGAAGGCAGUGACUGAGGCCAAGGAAGACAUUCUCAUUGAAAUGGAAAAUAAGCUCACCAAAUAUGCACAGCAAAAGCCUACAGAAGAAUCUUUGAGCGAUGAGUUCCUUCAGUUGCUACUAUGGGGGAAGGCUAGUCCUGAACUACAGCAGUUCCUGGUCCAUGAUCUCACUGAGAAAGGCCUUAAGAAGUUAGACCAGUCUGUAGAGAACUCCUAUGUCAGCAUCCAAAAGCUAGUACUCAAGCACAUACACAGUGUUGGACGAUCUCUAUUGUUCCAGUUGAGUGAAUUGAAGGGUAUGGCUUUGUGGUAUGACAAGUAUGGCAUGCUGGGACUCAGUGCAACAGCUAUCCAAGAUGCCAUCAAUGCAGUGGGCUCUUUCAUGUUGAAAGCUAAUGAACUGCUGCAAGUAAUAGAAAGUAGCCUUAAGAACUUCAAAGCCUUCUUCAGAUGGCUGUAUGUAAUUGUUAUGCAACUCAUGGAAGAACCUAUCCAACAAAGCAUUAGCAAGAUGUAUCAGAGGGACAUCAAUUUUGUUGCAGACUUCCUUGCAGAAAAUUUCACAGAUGAGCCCAGCUUAGACGUGACUAAAUCAGGCUUCACAUUAGAGAGAGUUGGGCAGUACCUCAGGAAAGAAGACCUUCAGUUCCCAGUCGCGACGGCUCCGAACUCAUGGCAAGAUUUUGUCGCCUCCACACCCAGCCUCCGUGAUAGUGAUCUACUCUUUCCAUGGCAACGUGAGAGGUCGCUGAGCCAGCUUCAUGAUGUCGUGAAAGAUGCUGUGGACCAUGCCCUAAGUCGACCUCAGAGUGUUGGAGGUGAAUCUCUUACAUGCAGGGAGUCUUUCACAUUGGACAAGAGAUCAGAAACUGAUGAACCAGAGUACAGAACACUUUCACAACAAAGCCUCCAAGAUCAGAGUAAGCUUCUGACUGUGUUCAUGACGGAGCCAGCUCCUACUCGGUGCAUCUACUUAACCAGACAAAACACCAAGCCUGACAGAAGUAGCAGUGAUGUAACAGAGAUUGUUCAGCUGACCUUUGGAACUCUGGGGAGCUUAGAUCCUGAUGAAAGUGUAGUCUCACUUGCUGCUGAUAGUCAUAUGGUGCUGGAUGCUGCAUUCUACGGUGAUCACUCCCUCUCGCUCCUUCUACAAGAGGUUAAAGAUGAUGAGAGUAACAACGGUAAGCCUGUCCUAUGUCAGUUGCCACUGGAAGCACUCCAAGCAGAGGCAGAGUUCACUCCCAUGUCACAGGUCAAAGGUCAUCUAUCAACAGGACAAACUGUACCAAGUUUCGAUGCAGGACCUCUAGUUACAUCCAGGCGGAUGGACAAUAUGAGAGCCGCCAGGCUAGCAGUCAGUGGGUCAAGAAAGGUUGCUUGUGUGUUGUUCUCAAACCAGAGGAGGGUGCGUCUCUUUGACAUGGAUGCCGAGGAUGAAGGAGAUGAUGAGGAAGAUGAUGACGAGACACAACUAGAGGACACUUCUAUGGUGAUUGUAGAGGACAAUGGAACAGAUGGUUGACUUGAAGAGGAGGAGUAAGAUGAGGGAGAUGGUGAAGACGAUGAUAAAGAGACACAACUUGAGGACACUUCUAUGGUGAUUGUAGAGGACAAUGGAAAAGAUGAUUGACUUGCCUCCUCUAGAAAAGGGUGAUGAGGAGGAGUGGGAUGUGGGAGAUGUGAAGACGAUGACGAUAAUGACGACACACAACCAAAGGCCACUUUUAUGGUAUUUGUAGAGGACAAUGAAACAGAUGAUUGAUUCUCCUCAUCUAAUAGAGAGUGAUGAUAUAGGGAAGGGGAAGGAUGAAGAAUAUGGCUUAAUGAUAUCAAGAUGGUGGUGGAAGAGGAGAAUGGAACAGGUUAUCGACUUUGUCACCUGAACAGGAGGAGGGUGAAAGUAAAGGCAACUGGAGAACAAGGACAUAUCCAUGGUAAUAUAGGAAAAUGGAACAGAUGAUUGAUAUGCUGCUCUUAAAAAAAAAAAGAUGAAGGAAGAGGAUGAAGAUGAACCGGGGGGUUGGCUCAGUUGGUAGAGCGUCCGUCUCACAACCGGGAGGUUGGGGGUUCAAAACCCGGUCGCGUCAGACCAAAAGAUGGAGUUGCUGCUGCCCUGUUGGGCAUUCAACGAUUAAAGGGAUAGAGCCUCGUCAAUCAAUCAACUGGGCAAAGCAAGUUUUCUGAGUAUUUUAUAUCUAUUUCGAACAAUAAAAUAUGGCUUUUCAUGGACAUGAUGACAAAGUAACACAGAUUGAACAUAUCAAGAGGGUAGUGAUAGAGUAGAAUGAAACAGAUGAUUGACAUAACCUUGCAAAAGAGUGAUGAGGAGGAUGUCGACAAUCAACCAAAUUGAAGAUUUGUCAUCGGUUGUGGACUUGUCACAUGUCGGACUCUCAUAAGCUAUUCAGUAACUGUCAUUGUCAGGUUAGCCAUGAUGAAAUAUCUUGAGCAAGCAAUGAUUGACAAUAGAACGUCCCAAUGGUCAUAAUCACCCCCUCACCCCCCCCCCUCCCAUUAUUGAAGUUGUAAUUCAUCAGAAUAAUUUUGACCUAUUCAGAAGAAUAAAGUGCAUGUGAAUGAAUAGGUGUCAGAUUCCUUCCCUAUGAUUUGGAACUGAAAAUGAAUAAUUUCUCACGCUGUAUUAAUUUUGAAAGGUCAGGUAUACUGUGAUUUCAUAAGGAGUAAGCCUGAGUCAUAUCGAUUAUUUUGAAAACCGGUGUUCGACAGCUCUAAUUCGAUCGA